AACACGUGGCUCGAAUAGCAAUCGAAUCACGUUGAAGCUACUAGGAAUAUACCGAGACAUAUCUACUCAACUCAAUUGUGAAGCAUUUGCAUGAUCCCGUGCAUUCCACGUGUGUUGGAAGCGUCCCCACCUGCACCGUAACCACCCGGAAUAAUUCCCUAACUACCACCACCACUCUCCGUCGUCGUCUCCAUCAUUACUUUACUCGCAAUCCCUGAAUGGACCAAAUCCCCUAAACCCUCCCGAUUCGAACCAAAUUCAUGUCUCCUUCUCCUCUUCUGGCGCUCUGGAUUCUCUUUCUAGGGUUAUCAAUACCAUCCCCUUCAACCCACGCGCUUAAGGUUCCGUUCAGAGUCAACGAUGUUCUCCCCGUUCUCCCCCACGGAAUCUCGUGGCCGGUCCUCAACAGUUUCCACAGCGCCGUCGAUUUGCUCCCUUCCUUCGUCGGUUCCUUGACUCCCCACAACGCUUCCAUUCAGUGGAGAGGCGCUUGCUUUUACGACAAUGAAGCCGCGCUCGAGUUCACCGCCGCUUCCGACGCCCAAGGUUUGGGCGGCGCCGUGCUCCAUCUCAAGACAGCAGCUGCACACAGCUGGACCUGCAUGGAUCUGUAUGUUUUUGCAACACCAUAUAGGAUUACAUGGGACUACUAUUUCUCUGCACGAGAACAUACUUUAAAGUUUGAUUCGUGGGAAGAGCCUGCAGAGUUGGAAUAUGUAAAGCAGCAUGGGGUUUCUGUGUUUCUCAUGCCAUCGGGGAUGCUGGGAACGCUGCUUUCUCUAAUUGAUGUUUUGCCUCUAUUCUCUAACACUGCAUGGGGUCAGAAUGCUAACUUAGAAUUCCUAAAGAAACACAUGGGAGCUACAUUUGAGAAACGCAGUCAGCCUUGGCGUGCUACUAUUGAUCCUGCAGAUGUUCAUUCUGGAGAUUUUUUAGCUGUGUCUAAGAUCCGUGGUAGGUGGGGAGGUUUUGAGACACUGGAAAAGUGGGUAACUGGUGCAUUUGCUGGUCAUACAGCAGUUUGCUUGAAGGAUGAAAUGGGAAAUUUAUGGGUUGGUGAAUCUGGCCAUGAGAAUGAAAAGGGUGAAGAAAUCAUAGUGGUAAUUCCCUGGCAUGAAUGGUGGACAUCAGCUCUUAAAGAUGAUUCCAACCCACAGAUAGCCUUGCUUCCUCUGCAUCCAGAGUUGCGUUCAAGAUUCAACUCCACUGCAGCAUGGGAGUAUGCACGGAGCAUGUCUGGCAAGCCAUAUGGUUAUCAUAAUAUGAUAUUCAGUUGGAUUGACACAGUAGCUGACAACUAUCCUCCACCUCUUGAUGCUCACUUGGUAAUUUCUGUCAUGUCUAUGUGGACAAGAAUGCAGCCAGCUUAUGCUGCAAACAUGUGGAAUGAAGCGCUGAAUAAGCGGUUAGGGACUGAGGGUUUGGAUUUGCAUGACAUUCUGGUUGAGACUGAGAAGCGUGGGAUAGCUUUUGAUCAAUUACUUACCAUUCCCGAACAAGAUGAAUGGGUAUACAGUGAUGGGAAAUCAACAACAUGUGUCGCCUUCAUUCUUUCAAUGUAUAAAGCGGCUGGAAUUUUUGGUCCCAUUUCUAGCUCCAUUCAAGUAACUGAAUUCACUAUUCGUGAUGCAUACAUGCUUAGGAUUUUUGAGGAUAACCAAACACGUCUACCAAUAUGGUGCAACAACGAGAAUGAUCGGCUUCCAUUCUGCCAGAUUCUUGGUGAAUACAGGAUGGAAUUCCCUGGCUAUAACACCUUGGAUCCAUAUGCCAAUAUGAACGAGAACUGUCCUUCUCUUCCUCCAACUUACGAUAGGCCAUUAAAAUGCUAGACCCGUCCAUCCAUCAUUCUCGUUUUCUGAUUUGCCUGUUAUCCGCGACUCGAAGCACCAAAUAGUUCGCUAUUGUGGAAUUGUCUAUAAACCGAGGGAGAAAGUGCUGUAUUGCAUUUUCAAGUUGAUUAAGGGACACUGUAUAUAAGAAAUUUAUAUUGGUGGGUAUGGUUUGAUGUUAUAGACUUAAUGAUCAAUUGUAGGAGGAUAAUUUCCUGUGUAAUGACGAACUAUAUUCUCCUACCCCAUGCGUCAGGAAACAUAUCUAUGAAGACCAUUAUAAAUAUCAUGGCUUGAACUCAUGGUUUAGAA